CAAGAAUAAACUGUCAUCGAUCUUGAAAUGACGCCCUCGCAACACGUCAAAGCGUUGAAUACGUCAUGUGCCACCUGUUACAGUAAUCGUUGCAGUGAUAAGCAAAUGAUCAUGUCUGCGGUCUGAUUUCAAGCUUUAAGGAUUCAAAGAAGAUAACACAACGACUUAUCGUCGUCGUGGCGCAGAAGCAGAUUCGAUUCUAGUGUUGAAUGCAGUAACCAUACAAUGGCGGAGGGACCGGAAUUAAGUUAUUUCGAUUUGCGCACGGUACACGAUCAUUUUGAUCAAGCUCUCCUGGAAAAUGACGAUAUCGAUCUGAAAGAAUACCUAGACGCCUACAGCGAACUAUAUAAAUUUUUUCAGCUGAUGGGCAGUGUCUUCAGUUUUGUCUCUUCCGAUCUGAAGCAAAAGAUAGACGUACUGGCUGAACUGAAAGAUAAAGACGCUCAGAAUUAUACAACUGUCAUAUCUAUGAUUGAAUAUGAGAGAGACAACAAUCUUCUAAAGAAACCCAAGUUUGUCAAUGGCGCACGUACUUUAUUGCGACUACACAGAGGUUUAGAUUUUAUUAAGGUAUUUCUACUACAACUGAGUGAUCUCUCGGACCUCGAUAAAACGGGUCGUUGUUGUCAAGAUGCGUAUAACAAAACCCUAGCCGAGCAUCAUCCAUGGGUGAUUAGAGAAGCUGCAAAAGUUGCGAUGUACACUAUGCCUUCUAAAGAGGCUUUGUUGAAAAAGGUCUGCGGUGACAAUGUUCAGCGGAACAUAGAUGUUUUGCCCAAAAUGUUGGAGGUGACUGGGGACGUGUUAAGCCGCACUCAUAAAAUUUAUGACAUUUAUGAGUUGCACGGUCUACCAUGAACGAUCGUAGAAAAUGAACAAAGGAAUUACUUCAUCUGAAACGUCUAGCUUUCCGAAAUACGGCACGCAACAUUCCGCAUGUAUUCAAGAUAUUGUGCAUUGCGAUAUUACUAAGACAUUGUAGAAUUAAUAUUUUCAAUUAAUUCUUAAUAAAUAAGCGCCAACUUAUUUACGAGAA